ACAAACAUUGUUUACAUCUGGGUUCCAUGGAAACAGCAAAGCAGCAAAACUGAGAGAGCAGAGUGAUAUGCCCAGAUAGUAGUCCACAACGGCUCAGAGACCAUCAGGAACCAUAAAGAGAUGGGGGACCUGUUGAAUAAUGAAAUCGGGGUGAGGGUCUCUCCAUCUAUGCUGCACUUUAUAGAUGCUUUGGUUGGAGAGAGUUAUCAAGCCAACCUGAUUGUGCAGAACAUUAGCCCUGUGGCUAAGAACAUCACUAUCAAGGGACCCAUAGAUCCACAGUUUACACUCAUAGCAAAACAGCCAAAAAGCCCAAUUGCUCCUGGUCUUCAUGUGACAGCAACAGUGAAAUAUCAGCCAAUGGAAAAAGAAGAUGCAUGUGACAGACUGAUUGUUGUCGUUGACAAAGAUUCUAUUGAAGUGCCAUUGAUAGGGUUUCUACCAUCCUGUUUUUUAAUGAUUGAUUCUGAAGUCAAUUUUGGGAACAUAAUUGCAAACAGCAAAGUGAUAUGUAAAGAGAUUGCCAUUAGGAACUAUGGUUCAAGCCCAGGUAAUUUUAAAAUAAAAUACACUGGAGAUUUGCCCAUCAGUUUUGAACCAAUGAGUGGAACCAUAAAAGCUAAAUCAUCGAGUGUAAUUAAAGCAGAACUGUGCGCUGACAAACCCAGAGUAAUUGAUGAAAUUGCGACGGUUAAGCUGCAGGGUUGUAGUGCUAAAACGAUGUUGAGCAUCAAAGGAAAUGUUGUCACUCAGGAACUGGAAUUACUUGAUACAUCUAGUAAACCUCUUCAAUGUAUUCACUUUGGAUCUGUCUACUUUGGAACAACAAAGACACAUGAAGCAUUUGUUUACAACAAUAGCCCUGAGACAAUGAAUUGGGUCGCUGUCCUUGAUGAUAAGGCACCUGGUGUAGAAAUGGGUACAGAUUUGAGGAAAAGCACAGAUGCUGCUUUGCAUAGCUUGAAUUUCAGGAAAAUGGAAAUGAAUAUCACUACCAUAAUUUCCUGCUUGCCCAAUCAAGGACGUUUACCUCCUUUUCAGAAAACAAAGGUUACUUUAUGCUUCAGUCCACAGGAAGAUGAAAGCAAUGUAUCCAAGAUUCCAUCUCAAAAGGACUAUGCUUUAUUUAUAAGAUUUGAGCCUGUAGGAAGUAAAGAUGGAUUCCUCCUUGCUGACCCCAUCACUGAUUUCAAAGGUAAGGAUAUGAAAAAACAUGUGGAAUUAGGGGUAAUAGGAUCGGGUCACCCAGUUGCACUGACGCUGAAUCCUGGACCAGUGUACAAUUUUAAGGAAUGCCUGAUUGGGGAACAAAAUACUAUUUCCUGUUCACUUAACAAUGAGUCUGAGUUUCUUCCUGUGACUUUCAGCUUCCAAAAGUUACCUCACUUUAACAUCUCUCCAGCUAAAGGAAAAAUCAUGCCAGGACAUUCUCAGGAGGUGUUGUUUACAUUUGCACCGCAUCAAGUUGGAACCUUUAAAGUGAACCAUAUGAUAGAUAUUUUAGGUCACACCACAGAAGAUAAUUCACCGCCUUUAAAAGUAAAAGCAUUUCAACAAAAAAUACUUACUUUUACUGGUAGCUGCAAAUCUGUACCCAAGAAGAUUGUGAUGAAAAUUAAUCCAGGUAUUUCUCCUAUUGUAUCAAACAAUACAGUUCAGUUUGUUCCAGCCAAGAGUGAAGAAACAGGGCCAUAUACCGGAUCUGCUCGAGUUGCUGUUUUGAAUGCAGCUAAGACACAAAUACAUGAUCAUCAGACAAAAUCAGAUAAAGAGGCAUUAAUAGCAUUUCCUAAUGAUAGACCAGCAAGUAUACGACCAGAGGACCCUAAUAAGAAAUACAGGACAAUUUUCACCAAAACUGAGAGGUAUAACUAUGUGGAUCCAGAAUAUGCCUACACCGAAGAAGAAAAAAGACUAAUAAAAUCCCACCAAGACUACUAUAAAAACUAUAUUAACGGUUUUAGGGAGAGGCGAAUCAAUGAAAGAAAAGCAAGGGAGUUUGCAGAGUUGAAUAAUGAAGUAGAAAUUGGAAUUAAACCAGCAUCAGGCCUUCAACCUCCUAAACUCUCAAGUUCAGAACAUGUUGUUGAACAAGAUCUGAAAAGGACUCAAUCAGUUAAAGGGCAUCUACUAACCACUCGUCAGUUGGCUGCUGAGGAGUCUAGAUCACUAGUACGACAAAUUAAUGAUGGCCUUAAUGCAAUUCCCUGCACUACCCAAGAGAAAGAGCAAUGCAGUCUAACUCUGACGCCUCUGCAGCUUCAUCAAAUAGUAAUUGGUCCUUCCAUAAUAGAUUUUGGUGAAGUCUGUGUUCGCUCCACAUCUGUCAAAAAAAUGAACAUCAUUAACAGCCUACCCUUGUACAUUUGGGUUCAGAUAGAGACAGAAUUUGAAGAACUCCAGCAAACAAGCCCUCUUUCUCACGUGGUACCACCAAUGUCAAAGACUGAAGUUCCUGUAGUUUUUGAGAAUAAUUCAUUGGGGAAGUUUAAAAAGUCAAUUACCUACACUGUUAACAGCCAGCAUAUAGGGUACGUGCUGGUAACUGCAGAAGUCGUUCCCAUCGCUCUUGAACUAUCAACCAAUGAGCUGAUUUUGCGACCUAACUGCAACUUCUUAGCCGAAAGUGGAUUUAGAUCUUCUAUAACACUGUGCAAUCGCAGGAACCACCCAGCAGAAUUUAACUGGAAGCCUGUAAUGACCAAACAAGGAAUAGCCUUUUCCAUCAGACCAGCAAAAGGUAUAGUGGAUGCAUAUAAAGAUCUUGACUGUGAAGUUGUAUGGCAUUCACAAUUCAGCUCUCCAGAAGUUGGUGAAUUUGAUCUGUGUGUACAACAUGGAAAUACACUAAAGCUAAAAUGCAUUGCAGAGCUAGGACCAACUAGUGUACAGUUCACAGAUCAAUCAGUUCCCUUCAAUGAAGCAUCACUUGGACUACCUAUAUAUAAAACAGCAGUACUUCAGAACACAGGACUGAAUCAUGCAUACUUCCAGGUUGAGGACGUUUGUCCAUUACCUGGAAUGAGUAUUACACCAUAUCACGGUGUAGUUCCUGUUGGAGGAUAUACAACGCUCACAAUAUUUUUUAUACCACAAACCGUUAUGAAGUUUGAUACAACAAUUGAGGUGUCUGUUCGCAAUACAAAUAAACUCAAGCUGAGGAUUGGAGGAUCAGUUGCACCUCCUAAAGUGCAUAUUUCCCCGAAAUCAAUCUUGUUCCCAGGUGUUUAUGCUAAUUCUAUCCAGAGUAUUCCGUUUGUACUGGAGAACAAAGGUGAAGCACGUGCAAAAGUACAUUUUGACUUUUCAAAAUAUAGAGAUUUCUAUGUGAUGUUCAAAGAGCAAUCAGUUGUUUAUAUGGACCCAUCAGCUCCUCAAUUUUAUUCAGUGGACUUAGAAAAGGAAGAAAAACUUGAUGGUGCUCUAUAUUUUCAUCCUAAAGCAGUGGCAGCAUAUGGCUUUGACCUUCCAAUCAACACAAUAUUUACUGGAGAUGUAACUUACACCGACACUUCUGCUCCUCCUACUCCUACCAAUACUUCUGAAAAGCGACUUCUUGUUCGGAGGCCUCGGACUGGGAAACUGUUAAACCCAUCAUGUAAAGUUACUGCAACUGUUUUGAAACAAGCGCUCAUGUUUUCUACACACAAGUUGGAAUUUGAAUUACCAUCAGGCUUUAUAGAUUUGGGCAUUGCAGAUGGAACCUUACACAGCCAGACACUUGAUUUAACCAACGUCUCUAAAGAAACAAUAACAUGGAAGCUCAAUCUUGAUCAAGCUGGGGAUGUUGUAGAGGAUGGAAUAUAUAGGUUUAGCAAGAGCUCAGGAAUGCUUCAACCAGGGCAAAUGAAUACAAUUACUGUCCACUUCUGUCCAUCUGGACCUGGGAUCUAUGAUGCUGAAAUACCGAUGAUUCUCAAUGACAACUCUGAUGACAGUUUUAUGCCUCUUUAUUUAUCUGGAUGUGUGAGAAUGCCCAAACUAGUCUUCGAUCCUCCAUUUCUGAUUCUGACUCCUGUACCCUUGGAUGCAGAAGCACAAACCAUUGUUAACAUAACAGCAAUAGAUUUUUCAAGUGAUUCUGCAUUAAAAGUAAAAAUUCCAGAAGUGCAGCUUGACAAUGGCACUCCGGCAACACUGUUUUCUGUAAUUUUCCCAAAUGGACAAACUAUUUCUAGCUCUAAGGACAACAAUGAAGGAUUCGUCUGUCAAAUCCACUUCAGAUCUUCUAGUCCGGUUUCUUGCUUAGUUGACAUUAUGUUCAUUGAUGAGAACAACAAUCAGUUUCCACUUCAGGUUGCUGCAGUCGCUGAGAAUUGCAUUCUUUCUGUGUAUCCUUACUUAGCAUACCAUCAAACCGAUCAGCAAGUCAUCUUAAAAACUGGCCAUAAUGGAAGUAAUGGAAAAGGAAACAGUACAGGGGAUGCGCUUCUGCACCCUUUAUAUGUACCAGAAGUCUCUUCUCAAUGCACAUCAUUCAGUUCUCUUGGUGCAUUUACAAACUCAACUUAUGAAGAAUCCAUUCUAGGUGAGGACAAAGAAAGGAUACAUGUUAGUGAUGAAGUUCUUUACAAAAGGAAAAAGGAUAAGUUUGAAUUAUCAUUUUAUCCUGAAGAUAACACAAAUGAAUGGGUAUUCUUUCAGAAAGCUUCAGCUGCAGUUCAGACUUGGUUCAGCUUCUUUGGAUGGCCUGAUGGAGUCAAUCCUAUCUCAAUUCCACAUUCUUUUUAUUCUAAUGGCUUAUGUCAAAUGCCAUUGUCAAAUUCUGGAGUUAAUGCAAAGAAAACAGGGAAUUUGAGUAAACAGACAAAAACAAUUUAUGACUUGCUUUUCUACCUGAGUGGACAAAUGCUUCCUGGAACUACAACUGCCAGCCAAUCAUUGCCUUCUAAUCCAGCAGACAAAGUUCUACAGCUUCACUGGCAACAAGCAACACUGCUCACUUUCCUUAAAAACCAAGGAGCUUAUCUGCCUCAUGUCAAGCCAGAGUACUUGUUUGAUCCACUUGACUAUGAGAGAUGGAGUCAAGUGCAGGUUGAACUUAAACAGCUUGCAAAAACUAGUAAGAAGGAUCUUCAUGAAUUUGCUGAAAACGAUUUGCUUGUAAUAGAUAACGUAACGUUUCAGUCAGUCAGCAAACGUGUCUGGACAGAUGUAUUGCUACAGACUUAUAAGGUGCUGAUUCUUUCACGCGUUUCUGCAACUGGGAAUAACGAGACCAAUGAUACUAAAAGUAUGCCGAAAAUCAGUUCUGAACCUUUGUCAAGUAAUAUUUACUCGCCCCCUGAAAGAAUUCUUCUAACCUGGCUCAAUGAGCGUUAUGAGAAAAUGAGAAAAACAGUAUGGGAUAACUGUCAGAAAGGUGAUGUGCCAAACACAAGAUGGAUAGUCAACUUUGAUAAAGACCUUUUAGAUGGACUUGUGCUGGCUGCCCUGGUGGCAUCUUACUGCCCCUUUUUAAUAUCUACUCACUUCAUUCGUAUGAACACUAAUCCCGAAACUCAAGAAGAAUGUCUGCAUAAUUCCCUUAUCCUUGUCAAUGCAUUCCGUACAAUCAACCUUGACAUAGAUAUACAGGCCACAGAUAUAUGUGAUCCAAAUCCAAUUACAAUGCUUAUGCUGUGUGUCUACUUGCAUGAAAAUUUACCAUUUUAUCCGCCAAAGAAAUCAGUUGAAUUUGAGGGGACUCUUCAUGACACAGUUUCUCGAGAGAUUUCUCUGAAAAAUCCAAGCAGCAAAACACUUCUGUACAAAGCUACAAUUGUGGGCAGAGAGUCAGCUGAUUUCUCAUUACCUAACGGAAAUAUAAUAACAAUUGUCCCAAAGGGACGAAUAUCUGUAAAGCUGACAUAUACAAGUCGCUUCUUACAUCCAGCAGAGGCGACACUAUUACUGGUUUCUUCUCCUAACGGGAAAAGUGGGACAACAAUAGUUUUCUCUUUAAAAUCAACAGUCACAAAAUUGCCACACGUUAAAAUAUGUAAAUAUCAAGCACCAUGUUAUGAGGUGAAAAACAUCAACUUACCAAUUGAGAACUAUUACAAAAGCAGUGGGAAAUUCAGGGUGAUUUUAGUGGAAUCUGCCAGUUAUUUAUCUUCCCCUGAUCACCUAAAGGAAAUCAACCAAAUGAUGUCUGAAAAAGCCCACAGUACAUCAUCCAUGCAAAACAAAAUUGCCAGUGUGAUAUGCAACACCAAUAAUGAAGUCAGUCCCCCUGGACAAGCAAAACAAUCCAGUUUACUACCACAAUUCUUCUGUCCAGUGAGCUCCCUUGCAUUGGAAGAAUGCAGCCCAGUCUCUCUAGAAAUGAAUUUUCUCCCAUUCUAUAUUGGAACAUGCUAUUGUACCAUCAUUUUCUCUAAUGAAGUGAUUGGGGACUUUGUACAUGUGAUAGAGGGAACUGGCAAUAUGCCAUUGCCUUUGCCUUUUCUUCCUUUGGAGAGUCCAAAUGUUUUACCAUCCAUCCCUGCUGUCACAGAUGAAUGUGCCUUUAAAUUGAUAGAUCUACUCAUUGCACACAGACAAAAACUAGUUGAUGAAACUGGGAUAGAAAUUGACUCUGUGCAAAAAGAGUUAGAAGGGUUCAAAGAACAUCCGGACUAUGUGAGAUUAAAUACACAGACUAUUAAAGGGGUGGAUGAUUUCACUACAGAAAUCAUAGCUAAUAAAAAUAAAAAAAUGAAACGUGAUGAUGACGAUUACACCAAAGGAGAAGUCCACACGUAUAAUAGAACUAAACCCCAGACCAACACUGAGUGGACAAUGGAAGCCAAACGCAUCCUUUGGGAUCAAGAAUACUACAGAAAGUUGACAUCUGAUCCUACCUUGGAAUUUUCCAAAAAAUUGGAAAAAAUUCUGGAAUACGGUCACACUUCUGGUAUUCUAAACAAAAAAGAAAAACGAUAUCUGAUGCCAAAUCAUCCCGAUAUACCUUUUUAUUACCAUCUUCCAAAACUACAUAAGGAUGAUAAAGUGCCUCCAGCUGAGGCAAAAGAAUUUGUACUACAUCUUAACAAUAACAAUAUGGGCAUUGGUUUCACCUCCAACAUACAGCAAUCCACAAUAGAAUUUUUGGAUUUAAGCCUUACAUGGGACAUUGAUGGCAAUGUUUACAAGUAUGAUGAACAAUCCCAAACACUCAAGUCAAGAUUUCUAGAGAAAGGCUACCCAUUACAACUGGUAACUAAUAGCUACGAAAGAGCUAGGGAACUCAAUCGGACUAAAUUACUUUUGUCAACAAAAAACAAUGAUGAGAAAAAACAAGAGGACUCAUUUAAGGAGAUCCCUCUUUUUGUGACCCAAUAUAACUCUAAUCACAAAGCCAUAGGAAAAAUCUUAGACAAACACUGGCCACUCCUUAUGAGAGACCCCAUUUUGAAGAAAACAUUACCUGGACGACCCAAGAUUGUAUAUCGCAGGGCAUCUACCUUAAAACAAAAAUUAGCACCCAGUAAAGUGGUUAUGCUAUCUAAAGGUAAAUCCAAAAAUCAUAUUCGUUUAAAAUGUGCACAUAAUGAUAUUCUGAGGGAAAAUCUUAAAAUUUCAUUGGUCAAUGAAGCAAAAGAGAAGGCGUUGGCAGUUGCGGCUCAGCUGCAGAUGACUGAUUUGGAAUACACUCAAAGAAAGGUCACAGGAACACUGGAGAGCAGCAGUGUCAGAGUUGCAAUGGCAGCAUUAGAACAAAAUACAGUUAAGAUGGCGUCUGCUACUUGCCUUCUCCCCCGAGUAAUUGAGGAUCGUUUGUGUGCUCACUAUGAGCAACUCUCUGCACUUAUCACAAGAGAAUGGGGAAGCCUGCGGAGAGCUCUACACCCACACCCAGAAGUGGAAUACCUACAACCUAACCGACAGAGACUUCCCACUUACAUGCAGAAGGCUCUGGAUGAGCCCAGGGAGACCUCCGGGGUAGACUUUCUGAUUGGGACGGAGCUGGAUCCGGGAGUUUUCUGUGGCGUUGCAGUCGGCUUGGGGUUAUCUGAAACGGAGCCUGAGUUCCCAGCACCAUGCAAUACCCGCCUAGUGGGCACGGAGAAAAUCGGAGUUAUCUAUCAGCCAUCAGCUCCUAUAGAGGGCCUUGACCUUGUGAUGGAGCAAGCGGUCCUUACUUUCCAUGCAGGCACACUUUUUCCACCCACAGAGGCAUUAGCUUCUAAUGAUCCCACCGGUGGCAAGGUUCGGAAACUAUGCACUGCAAAAGACGCAGCGAGUGGAGACAUAGAAAAUGAAGUUUCAAUACCGAUUAAAUUUGGCCCGAAAAAUCCUGGAUGUUAUUUAUGCCAUAUUUUUCUACGUUCUUCUCUUGAUGUGCGGCUUUAUGUUAUUGAGUGUGUGGUUAACUCAACACGCAUAGAAACUGAGCUGGAAUUUACUACACAUGCCUGGGAUGCAGUAGUCCAAGAUAUACCAAUAACUAAUGUCACUGAACAUGAGUGGAAACUGCAAGCUGUUUUGACAGGGGAUUUUUUUUAUGGCCCACCUUUUCUAACUAUACCUCCUGGUGAAACAUCACAGUAUUCUUUAAUGUUUAAGCCUCUUUAUCAGUAUUUGAGCAAGGGUAGACUAAUUCUUCAAAAUGAAACAGAUGGCACAGAACAUAUAUUUGGCCUCAAAGGCAUUGGACAAGAACCCCUGGCACUGGAUCAUAUUGUGAUAGACUGCCAAGUAAGGCAAAUUACACAGAAGAUCCUUAUGGUGCCCAAUUAUACCAACGGCACAUUGACAUACAAGGUGUCAUCAGAUAUUCCAUAUGUAAGUGGACCUAACACAAUCACCGUAACACCUGGUACAUAUUCUUUCUAUAAAAUGAAAAUAUCCCCUUGGAAGCAUGGCUUGUUUGAAGGUGUAAUUUCAUUUGUUGCGGAUGAUUUUGAACAACAGCAGUUCCAACAUGGCAUCUCACCAGACGAUACAGAUGAUGAAGAGUUCUAAAGGUGGGUUACGACCGGAGCUACUAAGGGGGAGAAUAAUGGAAAAAAAAUAGCACCAUACAAAGUUUGGUUUUCACUGGAACUCAACAGUAAGCCAGCUCCACCGGAACGUACUAUAAAUGUGACUUGUCCAGUUUUGGAGAAUGUGGGAAUAGAAAUUCCUAUCAGUAAUCCAACACAUAAAGAACUGCAUGUGAAUGUGCUUGUGGAUGGUUCUGGACUCACAGGAGAAAAUAUUUUUACACUGCAAGCAAAAGAAACUCUUUCUUACACUGUAAAUUAUUCCCCAACUAAAAAAGGAAUUUCACUGGGAAGAGUUAUUUUCCAGUCGGAUGUGUUUGAAGAAUUUUGGUAUAAAUUACUUUUGGAAGCAGUUCAACCAUUGCCUACUACACUCCCUGAAGUCCACUGUGAAUUUGGAAAAUGGACCCGUUGUUUCAUUAAGUUGUUUAACCCUACAGAUGAAAUCUUGGAAUUAGAAACCGCAAACAACAAUACUGAAAAUUUUUUGGUUGAAGUUGACCCUAAAUCAACACUAUCAUUAUCACCCCACACAGCUGCUGAAGUGCCUGUCCAGUUUUGCCCAUCCGACAUUGGAAAAGGAAAUCACACAGCAUCCAUCAGCUUUACAAACCCUCAGCUUGGAGAAUGGGUUUUCUAUGUGUCUGGACAAGGCAUUCUACCACAGCCGAUGGAAUCAGCAAGCAUAAGCGCAGUGGUUGGCAGUGUAUCAUCUAUGGUGAUUUCUUUCAAAAAUCCUUCAGCAGAGCAUGUCCUUAUCGAUGUGAUUCUAACUGAUCAGGAGCAGACCAUGCAUCGUCUUAGUGCAUCUGUUCUACGUCAUUCUAUCAAUAAAGAGUCAGCUUUCUGUCUGCCUCUGAAGCAGACACAAGGAAUUCCUUUAGCUCCCAAGGAAAAACUUGACAUUCCAGUGUUGUUUGCUCCUGACACAAUGAAACUCUAUGAAUCCUUGGUUGUGGUGCAUAUGGUAAAAGCAACCGGUAACAGCUGGGCUCAAGACCAUUGUGAAAGAACAAAGUCAGAUCUUAAAAGUGUGACCAAGACUGAAAGUGGAGCAAUUUCUGGAAUACGUUGGAUUUAUCCAAUUCAUGGAAUUCCUGAAGCUCAGCCUUCUAGUACAACUCCAGCUAUCGUGAGCUGUGAAGCAAGGACUCGAACUGAAGAGCGAGUGGAAGUGCUGUUAACUGGUGUCGUUCCUGGUCAAUCUGGCAUACCAACAGAGAAAACGAAUCAAAUACAAGAAGAGGUUCACAUCAGCAAUGGCUUGAGAACAACAGAUGAAUUUUUAUAUGAAAUAACAUAUGAAUCGGAAGAUGUGAAAGCACAACUGGAGUCAUCUUUGGGUAUCAGACUAAUUCAUAAAGAGCGAGAUGCUCCUACUGGAAUUGUCACAUUGAUUUUUAAUAUUAUCUUUGCACCACCAAAGCCAAUGAGUCACUCUGCCACAAUAAAGGUAAAAUGUGCCACAGGAGGAAUCUGGAAGUUCCCUAUACAAUUCGUUGCCACAGAGCCAAACGUGGAUGAUGUAAUUGAGAUUGAAGCAGUUGGACUAAAUAAGGAAUCAUUUGUUGGCUUUAGACUAACAAGCAAAACAAGGUACCAAGAGCCUUUCAGCGCAUACUUCUUGCCUGGCAGCGAUAUGGAAUUCUCUGUCUUACCACAUUCUGGAGAACUACGUCCAGUUGGGUCUACUGGGACACUCAUUAUUGUUGGUUUCAAACCCAGUAUGUACAGCAAAAAGCAAAAGGCAACUCUUAUAAUAAAGACACCUACAAUGCAGUGGAACUAUGAAGUCAAAGGGAAAACACCAAAAUCCACAUCACUCUCUGAAGUACCAUCCAAAAUAUUUUCAUCUGGGUUUAAGCCUCCAACAACCACAAAGAAGCGUAAUUUUAUCCAAGAUAACCUAAAACUAAUCUCAACAGCUGUGUCUUCUCCUAUUAAGGGAGCAUCCCUAGUUUUACGUACCUAAGUAAUUGUAUUCCAGCUAUGUUAACUAUUACAGCUGCAACUGCAUGCAAAGAUUAAUAAACACUAUUACACAUUG